UUGUGACGUUUGCACAAAGGGGCGGGGCUAAGGCCGCUCGUCGUGUGUAUUCUGUGCGUGAGUCGGUUGAAGAUCACAGCAGGAGUCGGUUCACUGUAGCGAUGUCCAGUUGGCAGAAAAUCCUGUUUAAUCGCCACAGUUACAAAGCGUUGGCUUUAGUCAGCUCUAAUCGCUGCAGAGUAAAAAGCAGUCGUGUCUUCAGUACAGGGAGAAAUGUGGGGAAAGACUUCAUCUCGGAUCUUGAGAACCAGUUUAAAGCGUUUCGUGAGAAAGCGAAAAUGGCGAUGCCAGGCAGUGACUGGAGCCCGAUCGAGCUGACCCAAGGCCUUCCACCUGAACGCGCCGACAUCGUGAUCGUCGGAGGUGGAGUGAUCGGCUGGUCCAUCGCUUACUGGCUGAAGAGCAAACUGAGGUCUCAGGAUUCACUGAGGGUGCUGCUGGUGGAGAAGGAUCCCACCUACAGUCAGGCCUCCACGGUUCUCUCUGCUGGAGGAAUUCGGCAGCAGUUCUCGCUGAAGGAGAACAUCCAGCUCUCUCUGGCCUCUGCUAACUUCAUGAAGAACAUUAACGAACAUCUCCACGUGCUGAAUGAAGAUCCCAUCGACCUGCAAUUUAAUCACUCGGGUUAUCUUUUCCUGGCCAGUGAAGCGUCGGCGCACAUUAUGGAGGAGAACUACGCUGUUCAAAAAGAAUUCGGGGCUGAAGUCACCCUGCUGUCACCGACACAGCUGAAGGAGAGAUUCCCCUGUCUGAACACUGACGGCGUUGCUCUGGCAUCUCUGGGACUCGAGAACGAAGGCUGGUUCGACCCUUGGACGCUCUUGAAUGCCUUCAGACGGAAAGCCAUGUCUAUGGGAGUGUAUCAGUGCUUCGGAGAAGUCACAGGAUUUAGAUGCUGGACACAAAAUGCAGAAACCAUGGACGGAGACCUUCUCAACUUAAAAAGGAUCAAAUACGUUAAUGUUCAGAUGCCUAACAGUUUGGAGUACCAGCCUGUGGAGUGCGCUGUCGUAGUGAACGCGGCUGGUGCCAGCUCUGGGAAAAUCGUCGACAUGCUUGGCAUCGGACGCGGCAUGAAAACCGGUGAGGCGGCCUUUCGGUUACCUGUAGAACCCAGAAAAAGGUACAUUUACGUGGUGCAUUGUCCCGACGGUCCGGGCCUGGAGUGUCCGUUUCUGAUCGACUACUCUGGGUUUUACCUGCGCAGAGAAGGCCUUGGAGGAAAUUACAUCGCAGGGAUGUCACCAGAGGAGAACGAGGAACCGGACUGCAGUAACUUGGAUGUGGACCAUGAGUUUUUUCAGGAGAAAAUCUGGCCUCUUCUGGCACGUCGACUUCCUGCUUUUGAGAGUCUGAAGGUGUCAGGAGCAUGGGCAGGGUUUUACGACUACAACACUUUUGACCAGAACGGCAUCGUGGGUCUGCACCCGUUGGUCAACAACAUGUACUUGGCGACGGGUUUCAGCGGACACGGGCUGCAGCACUCUCCCGCCGUGGGCCGCGCGGUGGCCGAGCUCAUCCUGGAUGGAGGUUUCAAGACCAUCGACUUGAGCUCCUUCGACUUCAGACGCAUCCUCAACCAGGAGCCCAUGCUGGAGAGGAACAUCGUGUGAAAAGAAAUGAAAUAAAUAACCAAGGGCUGAAUGAAGUACAGACAGAUCAGAUCACCCCUAAAAUGCGCUUUGAUUUAAUUCUCAGUCUGCUUGCUGGAGAAUCGAUUGCGGAUGUGUUUUAGCAUCAUAAUAAAAAUCCAAAGAGAACAAAAAUUGUAAAACGCUGCAGCUAAUUUCUGAAAAGAAUGCAAACGUCGUGUGUGUGUGUGUGUGUUUGUGUGAAAUUUCUAGAUAGAAGAAAAAAGUGUGUGAAAUAAAUAUAUUAGUAUUAAACCGUGUACAUCAGGUGUUCACAUCAAUUGUGUAAAGAUUAUUGUGCUAUACCAUUCUUCACCACAAGGGGGUAUCUAACAAAUUUUUAAAUGAUUUAUAUAAGUAUGGUCUAAUUGUUGUAGUUAUUGUGCUUGUUAAAUGAAUGUACCUUUUUUUUAAAAUUUGUGCUUUUUGUACUGCUUCAAUAAUAAAACAAAAGUUAUAUAAA